CGCAAUUUCUCACGAGCCUUCUCUUAUCUAGGUAGAUAUCGUGUGUUGUCAAUGUGCCAGAAGCUACCUUACAUUAGCUUGCAGAGUGCAAAAUUGUCACAACUGCAGCAGCCGUUAUCACUUCCUUUCUCCCGUAUCAUCUUCAUCUUCUCUUCUCUCUCUCUCUCUUGGUGACUUGUAACAUCGUAAACCUUCAAACUGAUCAACACAAGAGCCAACGCCACCCACUCACUCACUCUACUCUACUCCGCACACCACUACACUACCUCAAGUCACAGGGCUACGAAGCUACAGGCUACAGGACAUUCCGCUUACAUUGAAAAAAGUCACUAAAACCAAAACUACUCCGCUCUUCGGCAGACGCAUUGCAACUCGCACCACAAUUCUUGUCUAAUCCGACGCUUGUCUUUGGUCAAUUUCUCUUCGUCUUCGGUUCUCUGUCACCCUCACUAAAGACCAAAAGCCUAAAGACCUUGUUGUCCGGACUCAAUUCCUUUAUAUAACCAAGGUCUGCCUGCCACUGCCAGUCACUGCCCGUGGGGUUACGCCUUGGCACCUCUCUUCACUGCAACAUAAACAUAAACCGACUCAACUCAUCCUUUCUUCCUCUUUCUCUCUCUCCGACAUCGCUUUUUAUCCUUUACCUUGAAACUAAUCCCAACUCAUCAGGAGAUAGCUUCUUUCACCCUGACUUGACUCUCGUGUUUCUCAGCCUUUGAUUCACUAGAAACCGCUGAACUCUACCACCAACCAAAACUACAGACUGAGAUCAGCUCUCACAACUCAUCAUCAUGGCGGACCAAGUCCAACACGACCCUAAACAAGAUCCCGACUACAUCCCCUUUCCUUGUCUUCCUCCCGGUGGUGCUCUGAACCGUUGGUCAACAAAGAUCACUCGCGAGCAUGACUAUCCCGGAGCUCAGGCCAUGCUCUACGGAGCUGGUGUCCCCAACAAGGACAAGAUGAAGAAUGCCCCUCAAAUCGGUGUUGCUACUGUUUGGUGGCAGGGAAACCCUUGCAACACUCAUCUCCUCGAUCUUGGCCAAAUCGUCAAGAACUCUAUCGAGAAGGAGGGUAUGAUCGGAUGGCAGUUCAACACCGUUGGUGUCUCUGACGCCAUCACCAUGGGAGGCGAAGGCAUGCGAUUCUCUCUUCAAACCCGAGAAAUCAUCGCUGAUUCCAUCGAGUCUGUAACUUGCGCCCAGCACCAUGACGCCAACAUCUCUAUUCCUGGCUGUGACAAGAACAUGCCCGGCACUGUCAUGGCCGCCGCUCGUCACAACCGCCCCUUUAUCAUGAUCUACGGCGGUACCAUCCGCAAGGGUCACUCCAAGCUCCUCGAGCAGCCUAUCAACAUCAGCACAUGCUACGAAGCUUCUGGCGCUUUCACCUACGGCAAACUCCAUGCAAAGUCGAAUCCUGGUGAGGCUGGCCGCGAGAGCUCUGAUGUCAUGGAUGAUAUCGAGAAGCAUGCUUGUCCCGGUGCUGGAGCCUGUGGUGGCAUGUACACGGCUAACACUAUGGCUACUGCCAUUGAGGCUAUGGGUCUUUCACUACCUGGAUCUUCUUCAUACCCUGCUGAGUCUCCUGAGAAGCGUCGUGAAUGUGAGCGUGCUGCUCAGGUUAUCCGAACUACUAUGGAGAAGGAUCUCCGUCCUCGCGACAUCAUGACCCGGGCUUCCUUCGAGAACGCUCUUGUUCUGACUAUGAUUCUGGGUGGUUCUACAAACGGUGUUCUUCACUUCCUCGCCAUGGCCAACACAGCUGGUGUACCCCUGACCAUCGACGAUAUCCAACGCGCCAGUGACCGAACCCCUUUCCUCGCUGAUCUGGCCCCUAGUGGAAAGUACUACAUGGAGGAUCUCUACAAUGUUGGCGGAACGCCCUCCGUUAUCAAGAUGCUCAUCGCCCGUGGUCUUCUUGACGGCAGCAUCAUGACCGUCACCGGCAAGACUCUCGCCGAGAACGUGGAAGACUGGCCUAGCCUGGACCCUGGUCAGGAUAUCAUCCGCUCUCUCGACGACCCUAUCAAGGACUCCGGCCACAUCCGCAUUCUACGAGGCAACUUUGCCCCCGGCGGUGCCGUUGCCAAGAUUACUGGAAAGGAGGGUCUGUCUUUCACUGGCAAGGCUCGUGUAUACGACACUGAGAAGAUGCUCAACGCUGCUCUGAACAAGGGUGAGAUCAAGCAAUCCGACGGCAACUUGGUCGUCAUCGUUCGAUAUGAAGGUCCCAAGGGUGGUCCUGGUAUGCCUGAACAACUGAAGGCCUCUGCAGCCAUCAUGGGUGCCGGUCUCUCGAAUCUGGCCCUCGUCACAGACGGUCGAUACAGUGGUGCCUCUCACGGUUUCAUCGUUGGUCACGUGGUGCCUGAAGCCAUGGUCGGAGGCCCUAUCGCUCUAGUUAAGGAUGGGGAUGUUAUCACUAUCGACGCUGUUAGAAACCGCAUUGAUGUCGACAUCACCGACGAGGAGAUGGAGAAGCGAAGGAGUGAGUGGAAGGCCCCCGAGCCUAGAGUCAAGCGAGGUGUGCUGGCCAAGUAUGCCAAGUUGGUCGGAGAUGCUUCUCACGGUGCUGUGACAGAUCAGUGGUAGAUAUCCAAGACAGGCAUGGAGAGCAAAAAUAAAAAUGGGAAUAUUACGUUAUAUUGAAACGCAAUACCGUGCGUGAUCUCGCAUGAUAUUGAACAAGGACUAACACGACCAUAUAAUUAGGAGCAGCGACUUGUAUAAACUUGGUAGAUUUGAUUUCUAUUAUGAACGAGGAUUGGAAACUAAAAUGAAUGAAGGGUAUCGAGC